AUGGCUGAAGAAGAGACACAACCGCGCAAGAACGACGAGGCAGCCGCGGACGCGGCUGCCGAAGAGGUCGAGGACCAAGAGGACGACCUCGACAGAGAAAAGAUAAAAUUGCUGCCCCAGGCAACGUCGGAAGACGGUACUUGCGCGUCGUUCCAGAUCACAGAAGAGGACCACACGCUUGGCAACGCUCUACGCUACAUGAUUAUGAAGAACCCCGAAGUCGAAUUUUGCGGCUACUCGAUCCCGCAUCCUUCGGAAAACCUGCUGAACCUAAGAAUACAGACCUACGGCGGGUGCACCGCAGUGGAAGCGCUCCAGAAGGGCCUCGCAGACCUGAUGGACCUCUGCGAUGUGGUCGAGGACAAGUUCACGCAGCGGAUUCGAGAAUUGUAG